CUUGCCGUUGUACAGCAAUCAUCUUCCUGAUUCUCAACAUCUUCAAUCACGGUAUCACAAUGUUUUCGGAUAUUGAGAUUCUUAGGGUUUUCAAGAGAUUUCCUGAUAGAUAUUCAUCCUCCCGCCGAUGUAUCGGGGAAAUGAGUCUCUUGGGCCAUACAGCAUUAUAGACAUUUCGAUACAUGAGGCUCCGAGAUCAAGUCUUAUGGCUUACAAGACCGCAUCGCAAUCUCAGCUUUUGAUCUCUUUCCUGAAUUGUCUCAUACAUUGAGCCAAAAGGUGAUUAAAGAAGAUUUUCUCAUCUACAAUAUCCCGAACCAUGAGGGAAGUUAUUGUCCAUCCCAGUCCUGAAAUCUUGACUGAGAUCACUGAAGUAGAAAUUCCACAGCCUGGGCCCGACGAUGUAGUGAUCAAAGUUAUCGUUGCGGGGAGUAAUUUCAAAGAUUGGCUCCAUCUCAAGGCAUUGGAGAAAUCACUCAACAGUGGAGAUGAAAUCGCUGGCGUUGUUCAUUCCAUUGGUACGAAUGUGCAAACAAAGAACGAAUAUUAUCUCGGAGACCGUGUUGCUGCCUUUCAUCCGAUGAUGGAACCACAUGGAGCUUACGCCGAAUAUGCUGUUGCGUCGAUUCAUACUGUAAUGAAACUUCCAGACGCAAUAACCUUUGAAGAAGCUGCGACCAUUCCGCUAGUUGCUACGACAGCGGCACUUUCUCUAUUUCGCCGUCAGCAUCUGCCGCCUCCAUGGUCACCAAGGGCUGAUAGUGUGCCUCUUCCGCUCAUCAUCUAUGGUGCAUCUUCUUCUCUUGGUACAUUUGCAAUCAAAUUAGCUCGUGCCUCGAACAUCCACCCAAUUAUUGCUAUCGCAGGAAGCAGCUCUUGGCAUUUGCAUUCUCUUCUUGAUCCAUCUUCUGGUGACAAGCUAAUCGAUUAUCGCUUGGGCACUGAACAAAUUAUCAAAGCCACUAAAGUGGCCUUAGGAAGUUUGGAGUGUCACCAUGCUCUUGAUGCCAUCAGCUCAAAUGGCACAUGGAUCCCGAUCUCCCAUAUGUUAACUCCGUCAUUUUCGUCGUAG